AUGGAGAAUCACCGCACUUUCCUGUACUUUGCAUACGGCAGCAAUCUGUUGAAGGAGCGGCUCCAGCUCAAGAAUCCCUCUGCAACAGUACAUUGUGUGGCCAGGCUCAAGGACUAUAAAUUGGUUUUUGGGAACUACAAAGGCCUUGCCAGUGACCGGUGGCAUGGAGGUGUGGCCACCAUAGAGCGAAGCCCAGGGGACGAGGUGUGGGGUGUGGUGUGGAGAAUGAGCAUGACUGAUCUGGAGUCUCUAGACAGUCAGGAGAAUGUGACAUUAGGUGCAUACAGUCCGGUGGAGUUAUCAGUGAAGACAAAAGGCCAGGAGCUCAACUGUCGUACCUACAUAAUGAACAGCUGUGUAUAUGCCCCACCAUCGCCUCAGUACCUACAGGUGAUUGUGAUGGGAGCAGAGCAGAACGGCCUACCCAAGGACUAUCAGGAGAAACUGAAAGCAAUCAAGACCAACAUGUAUGAAGGUCCUCUACCCAUGAUGGCUGAACUUGAGCGAGCCAGAAGGAGAGCCAAAGAAAGGGCCAAACACUGUUCUGAUGCAUGAUAGUCUAGUAGAAUCCAGUUCCAAGGAAAGUCCUGGUAAAACUGUAAUUACAUGAAACUGUAGCUUAAGAAGUUCACCUAAGCUAACUGUUGAGUGCCUAACUAGGCUACCUUUAACUCCAGAAGCCUGAUCUGUGAGUCUGUGGGGCCACUGUCAACCACUAAAUACAGCACUGAUGUUUCUGUGGUCUAACUUGAGUUGCCUGUACAGAUAACGAAAAUAGUCAAAUUUUGACAGUAUAGAGUUGUGAGAUCCACCAGGACUGUUGAGUGGAUACAAAUCCCCAUAAGUUUAUUUUCUUUUUGGCUCCACAAUUGUGCUUUUAUGUUUUUAUUAAAUAUAUUUCAAUGAG